CCAGCAAACACUCCCACCGGUCGUGCUAGCACUAUCUGACUUCAGGCGCAGCCUGAGACGUGCUGUACUGUACCCACAGAGCCUUUCUUCGAAAUACGGGCUGGAGAGGAUGCGUGGAUCUCGAAGCCAGCCGUGCGCAAACUGUGUUGAGGUCCGCUGGAGGGCGGAAGAUUAUUCUGCGCAGGGUCUAUGUGGAUUCCGGCAAAGGUCAGGUGCAGAAACCGCUGAGCGAGAGGUAGGAACCUCAUCAGUGUGUGUAUAGGGUGUCAAGAUGUCUCCACGUGCAUGACGUAUCUGGGAAAUUGCACGACGCAUGACGUUCGCGGCAACAAGCUUACGGCUACCGCAGCAGCGCAGCUUACAUUGGGCCAUCUAACAUCUCCCUGGUCCCCGUUAUCGAUUCGCCACAUCGCACAGCUUCAACUGUCGAUCUGCACGAUGGCCUCUCCAGCACCCUCCGCAUCUCCUUCCUCCCCUGACAACGACGUCUACACAGUCGUCGUGCGAGGCGAGACCUUCGAGCUCUACCAUGACCAGAUCACGUUUGACUCCCCGAACUACUUCACGACCUGCUUCCUCUCCGGCUUCGCCGAGGCGAAAGAUAGAACCCUCCGCCUCAGCCGCCAUCCAACACUCUUCGCGAUCAUUGUCGAGUAUCUCAGCGGCUACCCGAUUCUGCCGCUCUCGUCGCAGGCCGUACCUCCGAAAAUGGACCUCGCGAACGCACAUCGAUGCCUCCUCUCAGACGCGCAGUACUAUGGCUUGCAGAGGCUCUGCGCUCUCCUGACGAAGCCGACGUUAGAUAUGGAUCUCGGGUGGAUCGGAUACGCCAACGAGGUGGUGGACUUGCGUGACGUAAUAAGGGGGAAGCUGCCCGUGGGGAUCGUAAGGCGUGAGGAUGGCAGCGUUGUGUCGGCGCACAAUGGACUUCCUGUCAUUGCCUAUGCACGGGAUGUCGUGUUCACAUAACUACGAACUGGACAGGACGCAGCGAUCCUUGCUAAUCAAACUUUCCUAUCCUCCUGGCACUACUGUCUUACAUCUAUCCCAUUCGGUUGAGAUCCCACGCAUCCCCGCUGAGUCCAGAAGACCCGUAGUUGGGCGUCAGAAUAGCUAUCUCCAGCGCGAGACAUACUGGAACGCUGAAGGAACGUCGACAAUCCGGGAGCAUAGCCGCGUCCAUGUCGAUGGCGAAGUUGUGGAAUGGGGAAGCAUACUGUACACUCUUUUCGAUAGCGAAGUCGAUUCUCCCCCGAAACCAGUGUAUGACUAUCCAAAGCACCGCCACGGAAGUAUCUACAAAAUCC